GCCUGGCCUUGUCCUGUUGUAAGAACAUUAUCAUCACAACCCCAACACAUCAAUCCACUACUUAAUACUCAACACCACACCAACUCUACUUCAAUCCCAACAAACCAAUCUUCACCAACACCAUCAACAUGAAGUUCACCACCGCCGCCAUCGCCGCCUCCGCCGCUGCCCUCGUGUCCGCCUCUCCCUGCGGCAAGGCCACCACCGACACCGAGAUCAAGGCCGGCGAUGUCUUCCGCAUCAUGACCAUCCGCUCCGGCUCCGACAUCCAGUACGGCCAGCUGCAAGCCGCCAACUCAGGCUUUCUCGUCAACACGCCCAAACAGAACGCGUCCUGCUCCGAGGACGUAAACUACGCCUCCUUCCGCCUGACCGACGCCGGCGAGCUGUACCUCAACACCGAGAACCCUCCCCAGCAGGCGUUCGUUGACCGCUCCGGUAUGGGCCAGGGUGUUUUCCAGUACACCACUGGUGUCCAGGGCGCUGGCCGUAACUCAGAGCGCACUGGGUUCACGCUCGAUGAGAACAGCAACCUCAUCUUUAAGGACCAGACGAACCAAGAGAUUGGCUUCCAGGCGUGCCCUAACGCUGCUCAGGGUGGUUACUCGGUCUGGCUUGAUAUCACUCAGAACCCUGGUGGCAACCAGAACUGCGUUGGCUUUGUUGCCCGCGCUCUUAAGGAGGACAAGCCUGUUUCUUGCUCGUACACUUCCAACUAGAAUGUUGGCUUAUGAGCAGAUGCAGAUGCUGAGAGAUGAUAAUGGUCAUGACUUAUAUAUUGGAUUUUGUUAGCAUCUCCUUACACUCCUUAGCAUAGCCUGGUUGAGUUUUAUUUUCUAAUACUUCGGACUGUAUAUAUUUCGAGAAGUAGAGGGAACCAAUGCAUUCCUACAUCAAUCAUUGCAUCCUUGAUAUCCUGUACACUGUUAGCUCCUGUAGGUGUCAACCGCUCGCG